AUGGCGGAUUGUUCACGUAAUGGCGGACGUUUACAGUUUGUGCCAGUGUUGCCUCCGAUCAUCACAAGCCUCAACUUUUCCUUCAACAAUCUACCCCACCUUUCCUCCGACUUCUUCAGUAACGUGACUCAGCUUUCUUUUGUCGACCUGACUGGCAACGGACUGGUUUCAGUUGACCAACAUGCCUUCAGAGGUUUAGAUAAUCUAACAACCAUAACUCUGGACAGCAAUUUCCUGGAUUUUAAUUCUCUUCGACCUGUUCUCAAUGUAUCUACCUUGAUUCAGUUACAGAUGCGAAAUAUCCGAAACAUUACUUUCAUUCCUGAAAACAUAUUUAUUGAAUUUCCGUUGCCAAACCUCAAACAAUUGGUUCUUGCUGGAAGCAACUUGGGAGUUUUAUAUCUCAGCGAUUUCAAACCUCUCAAGAAGCUGACCUACCUGGACGUCGGACGACAAUCUUCUGUCAGAGAUAAGGGAGACCACCUUCAGUGUCAGCACUCGCCAAGUCUUCGCCAACUGGACCUGAGCGGCAAUCCAUACGCGUGCACGUGCAGCUUGAGGUGGUUCACAUCCUGGCUGAUAGACGAAAGACGAAAGUUCGCGAACUUUCCAAAAGGUUACGUGUGCGCUACUGUCUCGUCUACCAGCAGUGGACAAGUUGGAAAAACUCAGAGGAACUUUACGAGAUUCAUUGGGGAGACAGAUGAUCAUCUUAAAUGGCACAGAAACAGAACAAGCUCUUUCCAAGGAGUAUCAGACAGAAACCAGAGUGAUCUUUCUUUACCCAAUUUGAAUUAUUUUCUUCAGACCGAUGCAGACGAGAAUGUCUCGUUGCCAUCUGUGAUUGCUGUUGUUUACCUGUCGGACUUCGUGAUGAGCGAUCAAGCGUGUCUGUUGAGCCAGUCCACCAGUCUGUUGACGGCAGUUCUGGCGGCAGUGCUGGUGGUGUUCAUGCUGACCUUCCUGGUGCUGUACAAGUACCGCUGGCACAUUCGCCUGGCGCUGUACGAGGCUUUCCAAAGAAAUCCGCAACAACAACAACAGCAACCUGAGCGCGAGUACGAGUAUGAUGUGUUCGUGUCGUACGCCAACGAGGACGUGGACUGGGUGAGACAGGAACUCAUACCGACACUGGAAGGGAGGUACGGGCUGAGGCUGUGCGUCCACCAGCGAGACUUCCCUGUCGGCGGCAACAUCAUCGACAACAUCAGCACCUGUGUGCACGCGUCCAAGCGUGUCCUCUUUGUGUUGUCGCCGCACUUCGCCAGGAGCCGCUGGUGUCAGUUUGAACUGGUGUUCUGUCAAAACUACGUCAUGGAACGCGAUGACGUCCUGGUGUUGACGCUGCUGGCGCCCAUUAGCGGUCGUGACAUGACUGACGCCAUCUCCGCCAUGUUUAAGACGACGACUUACCUGGCGUGGGGCGAGGAAGAGGACGCUAGAAAGGCUUUCUGGGGUCGUCUGGUGCUGGCUUUCCACGACAUUUUACUUGCUCAAAUGGCUUGACUUGAUAAGAACUGGAAAGAAUACUGCUACAGCAAACUUUGAUCUUCCUCUUUGUUGUUGUUGUUUUGUUUUUUGUUUAAAUUUCCUGAACUCUGAAACCCUAUAUCAUUUUGUAUAUAUUUUUCGGCUUAUUCUCUUUCGUAAAUCUGCGCUUCUAAACGAAGCUGUUAAAAAUAUAACUUUUAGCGAUCUUCUUAAAAUAAAGGUGCUCUUCCAUGAAGUAUCAAUCAAUCGCUUUCAAAGUACGUUAACGUGAAAUUAGUGGGGUCAAAAGGUGACGUCACGAUGUCCGCUAAACAUGCACUUCCAGCUCUCUGAUUGGCUCUUGGUUUCUCAAGGUAAUCAUAUUCAUGGGCAGUCCUGACAUCUGUGUUGUCUUGAUCUUUAUCUGUGGAGAAUAAUGUUUAAAGGUGUAUACGAAAAACGAGAACGAAAGAGGAGCAAUAGUGAUUGAACACUGAGACCAAUAAACCUCAUUGAAAGAUGGUUAGCAUUGGAUUCCACUUCCGCUUCGUCUGCUUGAACUCAUUUAGUUAUUUUGUUUUUCUUUCUCAGAUGUUUGAUGUUUGUACGUUACAGACAUCUUAUGUACAGUCGCCACUGAUGAAGAAGCUUAUAGAUAUACAGCAACGAUUAAAAUACAUCUUGGAUGUACCCGCACAUUAUGUGUUGUUUAUUUAGGGCUAAGGGGAUCUAUUUAUAGUAGUACAAUGUUGUACUUUCAUCAAGUCUAUGUGCAUUAUGUGCGCUUCAUAUCCCUGUGUUCACUGACUUGUUUACCUGUCAGUAAAGCUCUGCGGACUACUCCCGCCCCCCCAAAAAAAAUACAAAACAAAAACAAAAAAAAGCUCCAGCCACCCAUUCACAGCCACCGAGAGCCAGCAACGACCCCUUGUAAUUGUAACCUUUACUGAUUUUCCUGGUAGAUAACAAUAUGCUUGUAGUUCGAUUGUCAACAUCUACAUUCAGUAAUGUAAUAUAGACUGCAAACUCAAGGACAAGUGCACAAGGAUCUAUAUAACUUCUUGAACAUAAGUUGUUUACACCUGAGUGGUUACUGGUUAGUGAAUGAGGAAACACGACAUUAAAAAUCGAACCUGUAGAACCCUGCUCCACAGAGAAGAAAGUUACCUCAAUCUUUCUUCAAAUGACAAAUAAAAGGAAAAGAAGAAGGAAAACAUCCACUGACCUAGGCCGGGCCCCCUUCAUACCUGUGGGCCGGGGUACAGCUCCCUCCCCCAGUCCCUCCCUCUCGUCAGGCCUGAACCCAUCCACAUACCAGGAGCGGCCGACCUACUUUCUCAUUGCACACUAGAGGACAUGGGAGCGCAGCGAGGUGUAACCUGUCCCCCUCUCCUAUGUCCCCCCCCCCCCUACUUUCCGCAUAGACUGCUAGGCGACAGUGUAUUGAGGGACAUAACUCAGACCUUACAGUACAGUUAGGUUCGACUGUUUGCUGAUCAAGUUCCUCUUUCGAUUUGAUCAGACCAGAGUACGGAUACAGAUCACAUUCCACACUGUCUUCACAAUCUACCUACUCUGACAACAGUAAAGUACACAAGCUGGACUGGUUUGGUUGUGUUACCAAAUUCAAUUCAGUUUUCACUACAUUUCAAUUCACCCAAGGCAACGGUUGACAGAAGAAAAUCUGGAUGAGGAACGAAAGAGAAUGAACCUUUCCACAUCGAAUGUGCUUGACAGAGAUCGUUGAGAUAAACCAUCCAACUGUUGAGUUCGUUUCUUCGAGGAUCAGUCCGUUCUUUAGUUGUGUGUACAUUUUGUUUAGUAAAAAAAAAAAAAAAAAAAAAAAAAAAAAAAAAAAAAAAAA